GACUAUAGGAGCUCCCCGAUCCCCACUCCCCCCCGAGCCGGAGAUCGGAAGGGAAUCAAAACCGCGCCGGCGGCUACUGCCCGAGGUCAGGGAAUCGGCGACGGAGGCUCCGUGUCUUGGUGGAAGCAGAAAUGGCGAUGCGGAGGAGGCUGCCGCAGUUCCAGGCCCUCCUCGCGCAGCAAGCCCUCCGCAGCGCCUUCCCAAAACCCAGACCCCUACCCAGCCCUCACAGCCGCCUCCUCCACUGCCCCUCCACGCCAGCAGCCGCCUCCAGCUCCCCGCUGUCCCACUCCCUCUGGCGCAGCCCAGGCAGCGCCGGUACGCUCCUGCCGGUCAGCGCGGCGGCCGUUGCGGCGGCCGCCCGGGCCGCCGCCCGGGCCGCCGCCAAGCGGUGGCUGACCGCGCGCGCCGCUGGGUCGCUCGAGCUCUUCUCGCUGCAGCGGAGGAGGUCCUCGGACUUGCUCUCUUCGUCCUCCACAUUCCUCCGCCGCGUACCCUGGGGGCGCUGGCUACCAUCAGCAGACGGGAUGGUGUUGAUGCUUAUGGGCGCGAAUGUGGCCGUCUACAUGCUCUGGCACAUGGCCAGUCCGGAUUUCAUGAAGGAACAUUUCUCGAUUUCGCUGGACAAUCUCAAGAGCGGGCGGUUGCACACAUUGCUCACUAAUGCCUUCAGCCACUAUGACUCAGGUCACCUCUUCGGCAAUAUGAUGAGUCUCUACUUCUUCGGUUCAAGUGUGACACAAAUCAAAUUGGAAUACACACACAAUGUUCUAUCAGUAACACAAACCAGGCCAUAUAUAAUACAAAUGGAGAGCUUGCUGUUUUCUCCUUUCUGAAAGAAUGCAGGAUCUUGUACUCUUUUUGUCCAUCACAGAUAGGUAUCUUGAAUAUUGUAAGUGAAAGUAUU